ACAUCUCAUUUUUUUCAAACAAAAACUUAGAAGCCAUGACCAUGAGCAAACAAAAAGUGCUUCUGCAACCUAUCAUCCUCCUAAUAGUAAUAGAGGUACUAUUAGCAGCAGCCACUUCAGCCCAAACACAAUUAGCCUCUCCACCUCUUCCCUCUCCUCCUCCUCCCAGUGAAGUAGAAGUCAAGCCGGGUUGUCAGGACAAAUGUGGGAAUGUUAGCAUCCCAUAUCCAUUUGGUACAAAAAAGGGCUGUUACUUAAAUGAGGAUUUCCUCAUUACUUGUAAUAGCACACAUUAUGAACCCCCAAAACCAUUUUUUAAGAAGAGUUAUUCGACUGAAGUCACAAACAUAUCCGUGGAUGGGAAGCUUUACAUUACCCUAUACCCAGCCGUAAUAUGUUACGACAAAUCAGGCCAGCUGACUUACGAAUUCACCAGUUCUGUCAAUCUUUCCAGUUUCUUCAUAUCAAACACCGACAAUGUGUAUGUCGCAGUUGGUUGUGACACCUAUUCGUACAUUUACGGCUACAAAAAUGAAAAAUACGUGUAUAGUGGUGGGUGCAUUUCAUAUUGUGCCGGCAUUGAUGACUACGUUGUCAAUGGUUCCUGCAAUGGUUUCGGCUGUUGUCAAACAAGCUUUGCUCAAGGAAUAAAUUAUUUCGAAGUAAGUGCAAUGAGUUUUAAAAAUCAUACGGAUGUGUACUACUUUAAUCCUUGCAGUUUUUCCUUCGUUGUCCAAGACGGCAAGUUCAACUUCUUCUCCAAUAUGUUGGGGUCGGAUUAUUUAAAAAAUGCAUCCCUUCCGGUGGUACUCGAUUGGUCAGUUGGAAGUGAGAACUGCACUAACGUUGUUAACAAGAAAAAUCACCCAUGUAAGGGCAACGCAUCGUGUUAUGAUGUCGAGAAUGGAUCCGGGUAUCGCUGCAAGUGCAAUGACGGUUUCCAAGGGAAUCCCUACCUAAAUGGCUGCCAUGACAUUGAUGAAUGUAAGGUUCCAGAACUCAAUACAUGCAUGCAAAAAUGUAUAAAUACAGAGGGAAGCCAUACUUGUUCUUGCUACAAGGGGUACCAUGGUGAUGGCAGAAAAGACGGAGAAGGUUGCACCCCUGAUCGGACCUCUGUUAUCCCAAUUGUCGUUGGUCUUGGUGCGGGCGUGGGACUAUUGUUACUGCUUAUCAGCGCAUGGUGGAUACACAAAGUCCUGAAGAAAAGGAAGAACAUAAAACGCAAGCAAGUUUUCUUCAAACGAAAUGGUGGUUUAUUAUUAGAGCAACAAUUAUCUUCAGGUGAAGUUAAUGUGGAGAAAAUCAAGUUGUUCAAGUCGAAGGAGUUGGAGAAGUCUACCGACAAUUUCAACGUCGAUAGAAUUCUUGGGCAUGGAGGCCAAGGUACCGUGUACAAGGGCAUGUUGGCUGAUGGUAAAAUUGUUGCCGUAAAAAAGUCCACAAUUAUUGAUGGAAGCCAACUUUCAGAUUUCAUCAAUGAGGUUGUAAUUCUUUCACAAAUCAACCACAGACAUGUUGUUCAACUAUUGGGUUGCUGCUUGGAGACUGAAGUUCCGCUUUUGGUUUAUGAAUUUAUUCCGAAUGGAACACUUUCCCAGUAUAUCCAUGAGCAGAAAGAGGAGUUUCCACUUACAUGGGAAAUUCGCUUACAAAUUGCCACAGAAAUUGCAGGAGCCCUUUUCUAUUUACACGCCUCAGCUGCCCUUCCCAUUUAUCACAGGGACAUCAAGUCUACCAACAUACUCUUGGAUGCAAAAUACAGAGCAAAAGUUGCCGAUUUUGGAACUUCAAGAUCAGUUGCCAUUGACCAAACUCACCUUACCACACUUGUACAUGGCACAUUUGGUUACUUGGACCCGGAAUACUUCCAGUCAAACCAUUUUACGGAUAAAAGUGAUGUGUAUAGCUUUGGAGUGGUCCUUGUUGAGCUAUUAACGGGACAAAAACCAAUUUCUUUUAGCCGGUCACAAGAACAAGGCAGAAGUCUUGCUACAUACUUCAUUAUUUCGAUGCAGGAAGAUCGUCUGUUUGACAUUCUUGAUGCUCAAGUUGUGAAGGGAGGGUCUAAAGCAGAUAUCGCAAUAGUUGCUAACCUUGCAAGGAGGUGCUUGAAUUUAAGUGGACGAAAACGCCCAACAAUGAGAGAGGUCACGGCAGAGCUGGAGGGGGUUCAAAUGGCCGGAAAGGCUACUUCUCAUGGUGGAAAGAAUUACGAAGAGGUUGAAUAUGUGAGGACUGAAUCAGUUGAGCCAUGGGAUGUUAUUUCAAGCUCAACUGAUACAGGGCCUGCAGUGGAUGGUGGUGCUGCUUCAUCACAAAUGCAUGAAAUCCCACUCUUACCUUUCAAGUCACGGUGAACAAUAAUCCUAUAUUUCUAAAUUUUAAAUAUUGUAAUGAAUGUUCCACUUUCAGAUAUUUAGGUUUUUCAUUUUUUCUUAAACUCUUCUGUUAGAGUGAACAAGACUGCAGUUUGAACA